AUGGCCCUGAUCCGUCGGUUUUCGGCCUUUCUUCCAAUCGUCUCAGCGAGCUUAUUUUCUUUCGGCCAAUCCGUCGUCCCUCGACAACAGCUAUCCGAUUGUUCCGACAAGACACCCAUCCAGGGCCUGUGGGAGGUGACACAUGUAAACGUGACUCAUGAUCAACCGGAACGUCCUGGCACGGCCUCUUGGUCGGUUCUCAACACAUUGACGAAUACAACUGAGGAUCUCAACUGCACGCUGCGCGCAAAUUACAUAUGCGAACUGGACGGGACGCCCGAAGACGACUCGUUCCACAUUUGGCUGCAAAUAAACUUGAACAUAGCGGCUUUUACGCUUAACCAAACACUCACGUGCCAGGACCAGCUUGUUAAGUGCGUGUUUCAAGUUGUUCACGUCCUUUGGCGUUGCUGA